AUGCUCAUUGCCGUUAUAUUUAAAAAGCCAGGUCCUGAUCUUUUGCAUCACCCUGACUAUGAUCACAAGAGUGAAGUGAAAUCAUCGGAAGUCUGUCAAUCGACUAACGGAUCGAUGUUCGACACAUUGUUCUUCACAUAUGCUACACCAAUUGUUAGAUUUGGUUACGAGAGACCAUCGUCCAUGACGAUUGACGAUCUACCAUUCGUACCACCUUACUUACGCGGUAAGGCGCUCUUCGAGAAGAUAAGAAGAACAUUAAGACUCAACCCACUUCCAAAAUAUUCGAAGAAUUCUGAAGUCAGUGCAAUGCCUCUCUUCAUCAAUAUCCUCAAGGCAAACAGAUACCAAAUUGGCAUGCUUGUCAGUUUGUCCCUUCUUAUUGCAAGUUUAUAUUAUACGCCUGCCAUAUUCCUCAAGAAGCUCUUGUCAUCUAUUGAAGAGAACAAGAGCAGGAGUUGGCAAUGGUAUUACGCGACAUGUCUGUUCUUCUCAUCAAUAGUAUUAUCUCUUUUCAGCGGACAAGUUUGGUCAUUUGCAGCUACACAGUUUGUCGGUAGAAUCAGAACCCAAUUAAAUUCGCUUCUUUUCGCUAAAACGAUGUCGAGAAAAGAUAUCUCAGCUGCGUCAUCUAGCAAUGAUGAGGCAGAGGAUGAGAUUGAAGUCAAGUCUAAAUCACAAGUAAUGACGCUCAUGACUGUCGAUGCUGACAGGAUUAGCCAGUCUAGCAUAAUGGUAUUUACUCUCAUGGACGCUCCGAUCGAGUUGAUUGUGGGAUCAAUAUUCCUUUACUCUUUGCUUGGUCAUUCAGCCCUUAUUGGAUUACUCGUUAUCGUUUUGUUCUUACCACUCAACCACUACUCUGGUAAAUUUGUCGUUAAAGCUCAAGACAAUCUGAUGGAAGCUCGCGAUCGCAGGACCAGCAUAAUGACAGAAAUUCUCUCCUCAAUUAGGAUAAUAAAGUUAGCUGGUAGCGAACGCCAGAUAAUGUCACGUGUAUUGGGUGUAAGAAGAGCUGAACUCUAUCAACAAAAGCUCAACUACCUUAUUGAAGUUGCAUUCAACUUAAUUUGGGACUCAUCACCAUUUUUAGUCUCACUGACUGCAUUUAUGCAUUACACUCUCUACAGAGGUCUUCCACUGACACCUGCGAUCGCAUUCGCGAGUGUAUCAGUAUUCAAUGAGAUGCAAUUCGCGCUCAAUGGUCUUCCUGAAUGUUUUAUUGGAUUCCUCCAGACAUUCGUCAGUGUACGUCGUAUAGCUGCUUAUCUAUCUAGUCAAGAUGUCGACAACGUCUGCCAUCCAGGCUCCUUCAUACAGAUCAGUAAUGAUGGUCAUAUUAUUCUCCGCUCAACUUCUUUUGCAUGGCCUACAAAUGGUACUGAUGAGGUUUUCACACUCCAUGACAUCGACUUUGAGUCUAUACCUGGUCAGUUGUCACUCGUUUGUGGUAAGCUUGGUUCAGGAAAGACAUUAUUCUUGAAUGGAUUGCUCGGUGAAGCUGACCUUGUUGGUGGAUCACUCAGAGUUCCUAGAUCUGACUUCAACACAAUGGUCAACUUCCCUAAGGAGAAACCAUCUGAAGCUGAUUGGCUCAUUGAUUCAAUGGUAGCUUACGCACCUCAAGUUCCAUGGUUGAUGAAUGCAAGUAUCAAAGACAACAUCCUGUUCUACCAUCCAUUCGAUGAGAAGAGAUAUAACGAAGUUUUGGAUGCUUGUUCAUUGAGAUCUGAUAUUAACUACAUGGAGGAUGGAGAUGAGACCGAAAUUGGUGAACAAGGCCUUAACCUUUCUGGUGGACAAAAAGCUAGAGUGUCACUUGCAAGAACAGUUUACUCACGCGCCAGGACACUCCUCCUCGACGAUGUUCUCUCUGCUGUUGACUCGCACACUUCUGCAUGGAUAUUCGAGAAGUGUAUUAAAGGUCCUCUGCUCGAAAACCGUAAUGUAGUUUUGGUCUCACAUCAUAUCCAACUAGUUGGACAAGCGGCUGACAAUGUAAUUGUAUUCGACAAUGGUCAAAUGAUGUACACUGGCUCAGCUGAAGACUUCCAUGGAAGUGAACUCUACACCAACCUCAUCUCUUCAAUGAGCACAAUUGACAAUGAGGAGGAAAUGUACGAGGCUGAACUUAGCUCUGGAUCUGACGACGAUAGUGAAAAGACUGUAGGCGAAAACAAGGAAAGGAGAGAUUCUCAAGAAAAGUCUCAGACAUCAUCUUCGGGAACGAUUGAGCAAAAGACUCCUCGUAAGCUUAUACAGGAUGAGACAAGGGCUGUCGGACGUGUAAGCAAGGAUGUAUAUCUCACACUACUCAAGAGCAUGGGUGGAAGAAUGUACUGGUCAUUGUUUACAUCCAUGUUCGUAUUGGCAGCAGUAUCGCCAAUGGUCGAGAACUGGAUUUUGUCACAAUGGUCAAAUAGUUACGUUGGAGGCGUUGUAUCAAAAUCAUCCACUCUUCGUUGGAUCUCUGUCUACGGUGUUGUUAUCAUGAUCGGUAUCGUAGUUGGUUCUCUCCGCUGGCUUAUCCUUUACCUCGGUUCAAUCAAAGCAAGUCAGAUCAUCCACGAUAAUAUGCUUGAGAGCUGCAUGAGAGCACCACUUAGGUUCUACGAUACGGUUUCAAAGGGUAGACUUCUCAACAGAUUUGGUAAAGAUCUCGAAGGUAUUGAUUCAUCUCUGGCGGACAACCUCGGUCGCUCUAUAGUUAAUGCACUUGGUAUUGUCGCUUCAUUUGCCUCAGUUAUGCUUAUUGGUGGUAUACCUGCCAUAAUUGGUUUGGGACUCCUCUCAGUACUUUACUACCAAGUUGGAAAAAUGUAUAACACCGCUUCACGCGAGCUGAGAAGAAUUGAAUCUGUUUAUAAAUCUCCUGUCUACAGUUUAUACGCCGAGACUAUAUCUGGUGUAGCUACUAUCCGUGCGUUCGGUAAUGGUCUCAAAAUGUCAGAGAUGCUUGAGAAGAUCGAUAACUCAAACAAGCCAUGGUACUGGCUUUGGACAUUAUCAAGAUGGCUCAGUGGUAGAUUCAACUUUUUCAGUUCCUGUUUAAUUGGUUGCACUGCACUUGUUAUUGUCGCAAAGGGUAACAUAAGUGCAAGUAAAGCAGGUUUCGCAUUGGCAUUCGCUAUGACUGUGUCCCAGAAUCUCAUCUUAGCUGUAAGACGUCUCACAUCGCUUGAGCAAUCCAUGGUUGCACUUGAGCGUGUCAAAGAAUACUCAGAGUUACCAUCCGAGGCAGAUGAGUACGUUGAGCCACGCCCACCAGCUACUUGGCCAGACGUUGGUGAGGUUCAAUUCGAGAACUUUAACUUGGCAUACGCACCUGAGUUACCGCUCGUAUUGAAGGAUAUAAACCUCAAGGUACCUGGUAAGUCCAAGGUUGGUAUCGUUGGUCCAACUGGUUGUGGAAAGUCUACUCUCGCCAGUGCGUUCUUUAGAUUCACUGAGGCAGCUUCUGGAAAACUCACUAUUGAUGGUAUUGACGUCUCGACUAUUGGUCUUACAGACUUACGCUCAAGGUUACAGAUAGUUCCACAAGAUCCAACUAUUAUGUCUGGUACAUUAAGGGAGGCUCUUGAUCUCUACAACCAAUUCAGUGAUGAAGAAAUCUUAGAAGCGCUUCGUCGUGUUCACCUCAUUGAUGACCAAGACAACGACAAAAAGGAAAAUAAGAAUGUGUUCGUCAAUUUGAAUACCAAGGUAGAUGAGAAUGGUCAAAACUUCAGUUCUGGUGAACGUCAAUUACUCGUUAUAACGAAGGCAAUCCUCAAUCGUAGCAAGGUUAUCAUCUUUGACGAGUCAACAUCAGCAGUUGACUACAAAACUGAUGAAUUAAUUCAACGCACAAUACGUGAAGAAUUCGGUCAAUCGACUAUAUUCACGAUUGCUCAUAGAUUGCGUACGGUUAUAGAUUACGAUUUGAUUGCAGUUAUGGACAAUGGAAAUAUAGUCGAACUUGCAUCACCAUCUGAGUUACUUUCGCAGACAACUUCAAGAUUCUUCAAAAUGUGUAAAGCAACUGGAUCACAAGAGUUUAGUACAUUGCGUAAGAUUGCCAACGAAUCGGAUUAA